CUUCACUCCCACCAUCUGUUCUCCUUCUUCUAUCAAGAACGACCCUGAAAAAACAGAUCUCAAAAAAACAUGAUCUUGAAUCUCCCCAUCACUAUAAUCCCCCUUUUCUUCUUUCUCCAUCUCGCAAUUUCCGUACCUGUUGAUACAAUCUCCGUCAACUGUGGCUCGUCCGGCAGCUCGACCUCACUCGACGGCCGACACUGGAUCGGCGACACCGGUUCAAGAACCCGAUCCUCCUUCUCAAGUGAAUCCAAAGGAAAACUAAUCAGCUCAUCAUCAUCAAUCGACACUACUCCUCAUCAUAAUAAUAAUGCCUUUGACCCAAUCCCAUAUAAAACUGCUCGGAUUUCCCGUUCCCAAUUCAAUUAUACAUUCAGACUCACUUUAGGUCCCAAACUAAUCCGUCUUCACUUCCACCCAUCUUCUUAUUCCGGCUUUAAGAGGUCAAAUUCAAUCUUCACCGUUAAAGCAGGCGAAUACACUCUGCUCAGAAACUUCACCGCCUCACGCGCCGCCGAUGAUCUUAACGUCGAGGUUUUCACGAAAGAGUUCUGCAUAAACGUCCGAGAAAACAAACCCUUUGUUAUUACGUUUUCUCCGACUUCAGACAAGACGGUCGCGUUCAUAAACGGAAUCGAAGUCAUUUCACUUCCCACCGGUCUUUACGACUCAAUUGAAAAACCCAAUGAUGAAAACACAACAACAACCGCCAUGGAGACUGUUAACCGGCUGAACAUCGGCGGCACGUUCAUCUCGCCGGCGCAAGACACGGGUAUGUUUCGCGAAUGGUCAAAUGAUUUCGAUUACCUGUUAGAACCGAAUCAACGUAUACCUCUGUUAACGACUGUUCGCAUUAGAUUUUCAAAAAUACCCGAUUAUAUUGCUCCACAGAAAAUCUAUCAAUCUUCUUGGUCAAUGGAUCAAAUCCAAUAUAGGCAUGUUAACACUUGUUGUUUCACAUGGAAAUUGCCUGUUGAUGUUGGAUUUAGUUACCUUGUAAGAUUACAUUUCUGCGAACUUGAUUACGAGACAAAGGAGAUCGGUGAAAAGACAUUCAAGAUUUUGAUUAAUAACCAAACAGUUGAGGCUAACGGUGAUUUAAUCAAAUGGGGUGUUGAAAUUGGAGUUGCGUUUUAUCGCGAUUAUAUCGUUUCGAAGAUGGUGAACCGCGAUCUCUUUAUAUCACUUUGCCCUCACUGGAACCAAAGAAACGACAUGUUAGAUGCGGUUUUAAAAGGCCUAGAAGUGUUCAAAUUAAGCAACGAUGAUCAAAAUCUCGCGGGCGAGUCGACCAUAACCGUCGAGGCUACCUCGUUUGUUGGUUUGGACUUUAGUUUCUUUAAGAAACUUGCAGCAACUAUAUUAGCCAUAAUCAUCGUAAUAGGCAUUAUCUUCAAUAAAUUAGCCUUUUGGAGAGGAAGAAUUGGUGACAAUAGGAGCAUUCCAUUAAUCUCAUUCCCACCAACAAAGAAUGAGGAAACGGAAACGGAAACCUGCAAGAUCUUUACACUCAAAGAAAUUCGAAAAGCAACGAACAAUUUCAGCGAAAAUAUGCGAAUCAGAGGCAACAAAAAUUGUAAUAUCUACACAGGGUUCAUCGGAAAUGAUAAAACUAACCCGGUUACUAUCAAACGGUUUAUCCCUUCCGAGACUAAUGUCACGGACUUGGUCUUUUCCCCAACGAUUCGUGCGGCACUAGUUAUGAUCUUCGUAAGAUUGAAUAAAAUAUUGGGCCGUGACACUAAGCAAGGAGCGAAUCACGAGUUCACAACUGAGAUAGAAAUCCUAUCGAAGCUCCGCCAUAAACAUCUCAUAAAGUUGAUCGGAUAUUGCUCUGACAGUAACGAAAAGGUCCUUGUUUACGAACAUAUGGAGAAAGGUUCGCUUGCCGAUCACGUCUACAAGUCGAGGGAGAUUGAAAACAAUCUUAAAUGGGACCAAAAGUUGAACAUUUGCUUGGGCGCGGCUCGUGGAUUGGAUUAUCUUCACACGGAUACUCAACCUAGCAUCAUUCAUCGAGAUGUUAAGAGCUCGAGUAUUCUCUUGAACGAGAAUUAUGUCGCGAAAAUAGCCGAUUUCGGUAUUUGCAAGAUGAACGCCACCACGAACAACGAUACGUUUACGGGCAUCAGCACCGAUAUCAAAGGCACUGACGGUUAUAUAGAUCCCGUGUAUUUUUACACACGUUGGGUAACGAAAAAAUCUGACGUUUACGCAUUCGGAGUUGUCCUUUGGGAGGUUUUGUGUGGUAGGCCGGCCAUGGAUUCGAGAAUCAAGGAGCAACGUAAUCUCGCCCAAUGGGCACAACGAUGUUUUAAUGAAAAUAAGGUUGAAGAUAUCGUGGAUCCUACAUUGAAGUCUCAAAUAUCUCCAACUUGUUUAAAAAUGUUUGUCGCCGUUGCUAUUGCAUGCUUGCAUAAUGUCCCGAUUGAACGUCCAUCGAUGGCCGAUGUAGUGGAUUGUCUUGAAUGCGCCGUACGCGGUGAGAAUGUUUCCGAUGAUGAAGUGGAGCGGUUAACUAAUCUCAUGAAAAAUAAUAGAAGCGUCGACAACUCGACGGUUUUGCAAGAUCAAGUACAUCUCCUUUCCCAGUAUUUGAAGCUCGAGGAGAAUACACCAUACACGCUAGACGAGUUGUGUAACCAUUUAAAGACAUACAAGGCGUUUGUAAACUCUGAGUCCGAUAAGCGAAUUGCAGAAAGAUUCGGUGAUCGUGUGCGGGCAUCAUUAAACGAAUUCCAAAAUGAUAUCAAAUCAAGAAAAGUCGAAUCAGGACAAGUCGAAUCAGAGAAAAAACCCGGCGAAAUCCAUCAUGUCACCAAAAUCGUUAUGGAUUUCAUGAAGAACAUCUCCCACUACUACGAGACUAUCAAUACACUCCUUAUGAAUGACAAUAACGAAGAAGAUAAUAAUCCUGGAAUCAACCCCACCAAAUCCCACUUCAAUUCUCUCAUAUCGAGCCUCGAACUUUUCCUUCGAGGCGUAUCAACCGGCAUGCCCAAGGAAGAUUCGUUUCUGCACAUUCUUCUCAUGAAUAACAUUAACUACAUGGCCCAAGAGGUGAAAGAAAGCACCGAACUAACAACCGUUCUGGGGGAUGAUUGGGUUAGAAGCCGCCAAAAUGAAGUGGAUUGGCAUCAACUUCAGUAUGAAAAUAUCACGUUGUGCAAAUUAAAACUUCUUACAAGAAGUAGUGAUUCCAGUUCAGACUAUAAGAAUCUUCUAAAAGAUAACCUGAAGAGCUUUAAUAUUGCUUUUGAGGGUAUUUACAAGAGACAAACUGCAUGGUACAUUCCAGAUUCCAAUCUUCGUGAUAAACUGAGACUUUCGGUGUCCACUAAGCAGAUUCAGGCAUAUACAAGCUUUGUCUAUAAUUGUGAGCGUCAUAAACAUCUGAAUGGGGGGGACAUUAAGUACUCAUUCAAGUACUCAGUCGAAGACCUCAACAAUUACUUUAAUGAUCUGUUUGAGGGAUGUCCUAAGCAACUGAAUAACAAUAUGAUCUUAGAAUUUAUAAGAUCACUAUUAAAUAAAUAAUUGUAAAAAUAUCAUUUUGAAUAAAAGGCAAAAUGAUGUGAUAUAAUGUGAAAUUAAGUUUAUGACUUAAGUAU